CUUGCCACCUUCUUGUUGGACGUCCACGUUGUCUGGUACUGCCUCUUGGGUACCAGAGUAUUACCUGCUUGCUCCAUUUGUCGGUCUUGCAGCGUAACAUGAGUCCGGUACUACGCCAUUUCAAAAGGUCGAUUCUUUUGAGAACAUCAGUAAGCUUUGUCCUAUGUUUUAUCUCACUUGAGGUGAUCCUGUCCGUUAGUCUUACACCCAACAUACUUCUGACAGAGAAAUAAUCGAAAAAAUAUAUUUUUAGGCAACAUUUGUUGUUACAAAUGGUAUAAGUAAAAUGUCAAAAUGUGAAUUAAUGUAUAGAAUUUGACCAGUUUUAUUAUGAGUGUAGAUAGAUUAGAAUAUACGACAUGGAAGCUAUGUAGGUCCACGACCCGACCGAGAGGGACCCACGGGGGCCUCCAAAUCGAGGGGGCCCCCAAACUGAAGUAGCUUAAAAACCUACGGGGGCCUCCAAACCAAGAGGGGCCUUAAACUGAGGGGGCCCCCGAACCAAAGUAGACCUUCUAACCUAGGGGGCAUCCAAACUUUCGAGGCCCAAGAACUUAUGCCCGGAGCGGUGUUUCCCGGUACUAUAUUGAAGAAAAUGAAGUGAUCAAAAUAAUUAUAUAAAGUAGAGGAAAAAAUUAUGGGGUAAAAAAAUCCAAAUUAUUUCGUGUUUUUUUUUUGGCUGGCACACUUUACCUAUCUAUGUCGAGUGAGGUACAACAACCAUUUGUUUAUUUAAAAAUUUUGAAUUUUUUUUGGACUACAUUUAAACGCAUUUAUUUUACUCAUACUAUUAAUCAUUUCAAAAUUAUUUCAUCAUUAAGUACAGUUUAUGUAGAUAAAAUUUUGUCUUUGAAUGAUUAAAAUUGGACGUUCGGUUUUGAAGUUAUGGCGAAAUUAAAAUAUUAUGAUUUCUGCUGCACGGCCCGUUGCGAAGUGGGCGUCAUCAAUACGGGGGUGCGAAAGGUAUAUUUAUGAAACGUUUCGUGGAACUUUCGAAUCGUCGUAGUGUACGGGUAGGGUAGGGUAGGGGUAACGUAGGGCUAGGGUUGGAGUAGGGGAGAGGUAAGAUAGGAGUAGUUGAAAGUUUACAACGAGUUUCACGCGGACGAAGUCGCGGGCGUUCGCUAGUUGAUAAAUAAAGCAACUCAUGCGAAAUGAUUACCUAACCAUUCCAAAAUAUUCACAAACGUACAACGUUGAUGUUCAAGUUAUCACUUCUGCCGGCACUCCAGGAGGGCAACCCUUUUUAAUUUUAUAUUUAAUUAAAAAAGUUGUACGAAUUUAACUUUUUAUUUUAUUGCAGGGAAAUUAAAAUUUAUGCGGAGGAUUUUUCUCCCCGACUCCAGGGUAUUUCGCUUUGAUUUCCAGGGAAUUUGGAAAAUAGACAUUGAUAACACUGCUCUACACGCAUGUUUGGUCUCCAAAAUACUAGAACUCAGAACCGUAAAGCUUUAUAAAAUAACUCAUCUGUGAUCUGUCUGUCAGUGUCAAAUAAUUUCGAAAUUCGAUUGUAGUUCGUCGUUUGUAAUUAUUUAUAAAUUUAAUUUAAAAUUUUAAAGAUCUAUUAAUGUUUUUUAAAAAGGGUCUACACGGACUUAUAAUUAAACCGUAGAAAUUAGGAAACAAAUUACUAAAAACAGAAAACCGAAAAGUAUCUCGGAGUUUAGAAAAAGGUAAAUCCAUGACAUUGUUAUUUAUCUCGUGAAACGUGAAGUGUUGCAUGAAUUUUGUGGUUAAUACCUAAAUAAAAACAACAAUAUUAAAUGAUCUAAGGUGUUACUUUUUAACGGUGGAGUAGUCUACAGUCAGCGCAAAAAACAGUAUCAGUUGAGGACUAUUGUAUUCGUGACGAACAACUGCACACCAAUAUGCGGUGCUGCGCGCCUUUCUGCGAAAAUACUUUAGACAAUGUGUCGACAUCUGAAAGAACGGGAAUUACCUUUCAUGCAGUACCCAGUGAAGGCUAUCUCCGUACUGCUUGGCUCAGAGCCCUCGGCACACAAGACCAUGACCUGCCCGACCCUGCUGUGGUCUGCUCCCAGCACUUUCUGGAUGACGACUUUUGUACAACAGAGAGUUGUGUGAGGCAGAUUCACUCUCAUGCUAUUCCUUCAACAGUGCAGAUGUGCAUGAUAUGCCUGGACACUGGCAGCAAGCUGUCUCUAAUGAGUAAACACAAGUUGGAGGAGGCAUAUGAACAGCUAACUGGACUGUCUUUGUUUCAGUUGUGUCGUCGAGGAAACCUGAAGCAAACACUCUGUGUGCUGUGUGCUCAGAGAUUGAUUAACUUCAGUAGAUUUAGAGACUUGAGCUUGAGAGCCCAUUCACUGAUGACAGACUUAGUUGAACAUGAAUUAAAUACUAUACAACACAAAGACUUGUUGAACUGCACAACUGCACAUCUGAAGUGUAAUUUGACACAAACAACAUUAGGAGCUAACCAUUGUGACUUGUACAUAGAUCACACUGAUGAAGAGGAGCAGACAGCAGCAGAGGAAUCUGUAGUGGGAGAUGUUGCAACAGUUGUGGUGAAGAAAGAACGCAGUUCUGACUCCAUGUCGAGUGCUGAUAACUUGGCACAAGACAAUCAUUGUGUAUCCAAGGAGGAAUACGAUAUAAGCAUCAAGUUAGAAGAGGAUCCACUGGCUGAGGCUGUGAGUGAAGCUCUUCAUAGAAGAGCAGCAACUUCCUGCACUGCAGUUGCAAAACAUGAGAUUGAAAUAAAGAGUUACAUAAAGAGUGAAAGUAUUACCUUCGGAUGUACAAUUUGUUUGCAAGAAUUUGUGGAAGAGAAUGCAUACUAUGAACAUAUGAUCAUGCAUCUCCAGGACGCUGGCGGCGACGGUGCAUGCGAUGCAUCACAAGUGUGCGAGCCUCGUGCAGCUGUGAGCCGCAGCGGUGACUCACUCGUGCUGCAGAACAAGUCAGUAUACAACGACGCUGCAUGUGAUGCAUCACAAGUGUGCGAGCCUCGUGCAGCUGUGAGCCGCAGCGGUGACUCACUCGUGCUGCAGAACAAGUCAGUAUACAACGACGCUGCAUGUGAUGCAUCACAAGUGUGCGAGCCUCGUGCAGCUGUGAGCCGCAGCGGUGACUCACUCGUGCUGCAGAACAAGUCAGUAUACAACGACGCUGCAUGUGAUGCAUCACAAGUGUGCGAGCCUCGUGCAGCUGUGAGCCGCAGCGGUGACUCACUCGUGCUGCAGAACAAGUCAGUAUACAACGACGCUGCAUGUGAUGCAUCACAAGUGUGCGAGCCUCGUGCAGCUGUGAGCCGCAGCGGUGACUCACUCGUGCUGCAGAACAAGUCAGUAUACAACGACGCUGCAUGUGAUGCAUCACAAGUGUGCGAGUCUCGUGCAGCUGUGAGCCGCAGCGGUGACUCACUCGUGCUGCAGAACAAGUCAGUAUACAACGACGCUGCAUGUGAUGCAUCACAAGUGUGCGAGCCUCGUGCAGCUGUGAGCCGCAGCGGUGACUCACUCGUGCUGCAGAACAAGUCAGUAUACAACGACGCUGCAUGUGAUGCAUCACAAGUGUGCGAGCCUCGUGCAGCUGUGAGCCGCAGCGGUGACUCACUCGUGCUGCAGAACAAGUCAGUAUACAACGACGCUGCAUGUGAUGCAUCACAAGUGUGCGAGCCUCGUGCAGCUGUGAGCCGCAGCGGUGACUCACUCGUGCUGCAGAACAAGUCAGUAUACAACGACGCUGCAUGUGAUGCAUCACAAGUGUGCGAGCCUCGUGCAGCUGUGAGCCGCAGCGGUGACUCACUCGUGCUGCAGAACAAGAGAGGAAGUCGGAGGCUGAAUGAUGUUCCUCCCCUGGCUGCAGACUGCGCUCAGGCUUCAGUCGCUCCACUGUCCGCGAGACUUGCGGCAAACGACGAGAGCAAAGUGCAGGCAACUGAAGAAGCAGGUGCGAUCCUGACAAGCCAACAAAUCCUUGAAACUGACAUUGACGAACUGGACAACCGAUCGGCUCAGAGCGGCACCAAACCAUACACAGAUAUAUAUUGUUUCACAAAUUGUGUCCAAUUGUGUGACAUAUACAAAAACGCAGAGAAAGUUUUGCAGGACGAGAAUCCACAAAUGAGAACCCACACUGUCGAGAAGCCUUACUCUUGUGACACAUGCGAUUAUAAAUGUGUACGAAACAGUGAUUUACUAGUGCACAUAAGAACCCACACUGGUGAAAAGCCAUACUCUUGUGACAUAUGCGAUUAUAAAUGUGCACGAAACAAUAAUUUAUUACGCCAUAUGAAAACCCACACUGGAGAAAAGCCAUUUUCAUGUGAUACAUGCGAUUAUAAAUGUGCAUUGAAAAGAACCUUAUUAAUACACAAAAGAACUCACACUGGAGAAAGACCAUAUUCUUGUGAGAUAUGCAAUUAUAGAUGUGCACUAAAAAGUAGUUUGACAUUACAUAUAAGGACCCACACUGGAGAAAAGCCAUUUUUUUGUGAUACAUGCGCUUAUAAAUGUACACUAAAAAGUACCUUAUUAAUACACAAAAGGAGCCACACUGGUGAAAAGCCAUAUUCUUGUGAGAAAUGCAGUUAUAAAUGUGCACGAAGCUGUGAUUUAUUACGACAUAUGAGGAAUCACAAGAAAAAUGUCUAAUCUUGUGAGAUAUGCAAUUACAAAGCUAAAGCCACACCAAGGCGAAGGGUCCUGGGUUCGAUAUGUAAGGGUGUGGAGUUAGUAAUAUUUUCGAAAUCGGCUGGGGUUUGGCUGGCUGGAUGCUUCGGCCAUGGCUAGCUACCGGAAAAGACGUAUCGCCAAACAAUUCAGCGUUCCAAAACGAUGUCACGUAGACAUCGAUAGAAUAAGCUUAAAUUCAAAUUUCAUUUAUUUCAAGUAGGCUCAGUUUACAAGCACUUUUGACACGUCAGUUGACUAUUUGUAAAGAUUCUAUCACCGGUUCAGAAGGCAAGUUCUGCUGAGAAGAGCCGGCAAGAAUCUCAACAGUUGCUCUUUUGAAAAAAAAAUUAUACAAUAUUAUAAUUUAAUUGAUGACAACAUUACAAUUUCUAGUUUUACUUCCUGUGUGAAGGUGGAAGCUGAUCCAAUGGCCUCCAAGCAUCUAUCAUUAAGGAACUCAUCAAUGGUGUAGUAACCUCGACUAAGUAAAUGUUUUUAUACACAUUGCUUGAACUUUUGCAAUGGCAGGUCCAUAGCAGUCUUGAAUUUCAGACCACCUGUUUUUCAAGAUUUAAUUAUAAAUAGUUUUGAGAUUUUUUCUUGUAUUUGUGCUCUGUCUUGACUGACGGACUGACAAAAAGAGCCACAAUAGUUCAGUGGUAAUAAAGCCGGAUUCAUUACCGAGCGGUGGUGGUCUAUUGUCGCACCCACUCCUAAUACAGUGAUGGGAAUGUAGGUCAUAUUUAAAACAUAUGGGAUACAAAUUAUGUAAAAGAAGUGAUCAUUUUCCAUAAACGAGAAAAAAACAGUACCUACUUCUGACAAUUCGUUUUCCGUGUGACCUAUGUAAGAGGGAAAAUAUUGUUUAAGUAAAUAAAAUUUUGAUACGUGAUAGCCCAGUGGAUAUGACCUCUCCCUCCAAUUCUGGAGGGUGUGGGUUCGAAUCCCGUCCGGGGCAUGCACCUCCAACUUUUCAGUUGUGUGCAUUUUAAGAAAUUAAAUAAUCACGUGUCUCAAACGGUGAAGGAAAACAUCGUGAGGAAACCUGCACGCCAGAGAAUUUCUUAAUUCUCUGCGUGUGUGAAGUCUGCCAAUCCGCAUUGGGCCAGCGUGGUUGACUAUUGGCCUAACCCCUCUCAUUCUGAGAGGAGACUCGAGCUCAGCAGUGAGCCGUAUAUGGGUUGAUAACGAAAUAAAUUUCAUUUAAAUUAA